AUGACCACAGCCUUCAACAGAGCGGGAACACAGCUGAACUUAGUAGAAAUGGAGGACCAGAGAUUAAAAGACGAGAGACCAGCUGAGGAACUGAUGGGAGUCAAAGUGGAUGUACAGUCUGAAGAUCUGAACUCCACCCACAGUGACACAAGGCCGCAGAUUCAGGGCAGGGAUCCCAAAGGAGUUAACACGAUUCUGAAGGUCACGUUUGAAGAUGUGAUCGCCGAGCCUCCCUCGGUGCGGAGCUUUGAUAAAGUGUGGUUGUGGAGUCACGCCCUGUUUGAGGUGUCCAGACUGUGGAUGUACCGGCUCAUCUCUCUCCUCCUGGCGGUGCCGGUCUCUCUGGCAGCAGGGAUCCUCUUCGCUGUGCUCAGCUUCCUUCACAUCUGGUUGAUCAUGCCCUGUGUGCAGCUGCUUCUCAUCAACAUGCACUGGGUUCAGACUGUGUGGGGCAGCAUACUCAACAUUCUCAUCAGCCCAUUAUUCACCAGUAUGGGAAAGUGCUGUGGUCAAAUCACCAUCCAUCUGGCAACAGAUGAAGACAGAUAGAAAAAUGUGUAAAUGAUAAAGCUACAUCAUGAUUAUUAGUCAAUGAUUAUUUUGUAUUAUGGCUCACCUGGCAUGGUAUUUGCCAUGCUGAGACCAGUUUGAAUGUGUACCUUUUUUGAAUAAUGUGAUUGUGUGAUGCAUAGAGGUGCCUCUAAGCUGGAAUAUGAUCAACCAUGUGUUAAUAGGUUAUGUGGGUGAUUGGUACUAACACUUUCUAAUGCUCAAUUUCAGAAAUAAACAGCAAACAAAUCCCAUAUAACAAAAUGAUAAAGCUGAGAGUCUCAGG